AUGAGUCAAAAGGAUCUUGACAGGCACACUUUGACAUUUGAACAAGUAUCUAGAGCCAAGAAAGCCAAUAGCUUGUCAAGAUAUUACUCGUUAUUUUACUCUUUAAACACGACAUAUGAAGACGAAAUGGACGACGAACUCGUAAAGACACAAAAGAGACUACAUGACUUGAAGGGUGGUAUUUCAAAGCAAUCAAGAGCCAAUUUUUUACUUGAAAAGGAUGUUCGUUUUUUGGAUUCUCGGAUAGCUUUGUUGAUUGAAAAUAGAAAAAGCUUGGAUGAUCACAGCAGUGCCACCAUGUCUGCACGCCAAUCGAACGAACAAAACAAUGAAAUUCAUUUUACAGAGGAGCAACUGCAGAGCUAUGGAAAUUUAUUCUUUCUUCUUCAAACCGAAUGUCAUCAUAUUGCAUCACUUUUCUGCUUGGUUUGUCCAUCGGAAAUAGACAACUUACUUCAAACAGUCAUGUUCACCCUCUAUGGUAACCAACUUGAUCGUAGAGAAGAGCAUUUGCUCCUGAUUUUGUUUCAGAAUGUAUUAGCAAAACAAUUUGAAGCUUCUUCUGAUGCUUCUCUUUUAAGAGCUAAUACACCCGUCUCACGUAUGCUUACAGCUUACACUAGAAGAAGCUUAGGACAAUCGUAUUUAAAACAGGUAUUGUCAAAGGGUAUUAGUAAAAUUGUAGAGGAUGACGAUCUUAAUUUACAAAUAAACCCACUCAAGGUAUAUGACGAACUAAUUACUAAACUAGAGCAAAAGGGUUGCUCAACGCAUGGCUAUUCCAAGAGUGUCACUUAUGAAGAGGCUGCAUCGCAUCCAGAAGUACAAGCGAUCAUAAAACCCCGGUUAGACCUCCUGAUACAAAUAGCAAGUGAAUUUUUGAUGACAAUCAUUUCCUCGAUCGACCAGGUCCCUUAUGGCAUACGAUGGGUAUGUAAGCAAAUCCGCUCACUGACAAAAAGAAAGUACCCAGACAUUUCAGAGUCUACACUGUGUUCACUUGUUGCAAGCUUCUUCUUUCUUCGAUUUAUAAAUUCUGCUAUUGUUACCCCACAGGCACAUAUGCUUACAGAAAAGAUGCCUAGUAAGAACUGCAGAGUAACCUUGACAUUAAUUGCAAAGUUACUCCAAAACCUUGCAAACAAGCCUUUGUAUGUAAAAGAAUUCUUUAUGACUCCAACUAGCUCCUUUGUGGUGAAUAACAAACAGCGAAUGAACCAAUUCUUGAAUGAUCUUUGUGACGUGAGCGACUUUUAUGACUGCCUGGAACUGGAUGAGUACAUGGCUCUCUCCAAGAGCAACAUGAGUAUCCAAGUAACGCCCAAUGAACUCUUCAACCUACAUUAUCUUUUAUCGCAACAUAUCAACAUAUUAGCACCCGAUCCUCAAGACCGACUGAGGAUACUUGUGGAUACGCUCGGAAUGCAAGCGCCCCAACAGGUUCCUCGAAAAUACAACACACCUAUCACACUACCGCUAGUCAGCCGAUGGGCGACGGACCUAUUAUCAAAGCAAGGAAACCUUUUAUUGACCUUGCCUGCCCUGGAUAUGAAUCGACAUGAUAUUCUUUACAUGGAAACCAAACUGAUACUAGUACAAAUCAUUCGCUCUUUCCCUCAAACGGUAAGGUAUCUUGAUACAUUGGACCUUAUAUCUAUCGCAAAUAUAGCAGCUCAUGCGCAGAGCGUACAAUGGGUGCAUAAAGGAAUUAGAGCACAGUUCUUAUUGAAAGAUCUUUUGGAAGUAUUAUCUGAUGCGACCUUACUGGUGCAAGAAAUUAAGCAAGAACUGAUUCAUCUGGGUGACCUCAAACAGAGCAUGCUUUCAGAGAUUGCUUCACUUGAGAAAAUACUCAAGGCGCUUCAAGAUCACAAUAGAUAUCUCACAGGCCAGCUACAGAGCUAUAAAGCCUAUUUACAGAACGCACGUAUGCAAAACUAUCUCUCUAGCCCAAGUAAGAUGGAUAUUCUGUGCAUUAAAAACAGAAGAAAGAACGAAGACGGCAAUAAACGAAGGACGCGAGCAACUUUCUUGCUGAAAAGAAGGAUACAACCUGUAGAGGCGCCUCUUAAAUAUACCUAUCGAGAUCUCGUCAAGGACGGUGUCAUCAUGAGUUCAGAGAUACCUAAAUGCUUCAGGGAUCGCUUGUUUUUACUAUUUUGUUCGCCAACAACAGGAGUUUACGUGUUAUCAUUUCAUCAUAAAGAACGGGAAAAGCCCAUAGUAGAAAUUGAUCUAAGACUUGACGAUCUUUUAGAAAUGCAAAAACAACAGACUCAACAACUUGACCUGGUUUACAUUAAGCUUAAUGUUUGUAAACUGUUGAAGCUUUUAUAUUAA